AAUAGAAUGUUGCGGUGUUUUGGAAGCUUCGUGGACUCAGGAGGAAGACUGGAGGUUCUGAGAGGAAAACGAACCCCGGGGCUUCAGAUCAGCGGAUCCCAGAUGACUCUCAGGCGGACGCGAACGGGGAGCCGGUGUGUUCGGAUGAAACCCAGCCCCACAGAGACUGACAGACGGGCAGCCUGGAGCUCGAAAUGGUGCGUCUCUUCAUUCGGAGCCUGUUUGGACACGAAGGAGCUCUAGUUGAGCGACAAAAACCGGGACUACAGGGAGCGCUUUUUUAAAACCUGUCUGGAUUAUUAUUUUUUUCUUUAGCGGAUGUAAACCGCCGAAAUACGUCGAAGUCAGUGGAUGUCGCUACCUUCAAUGUUCAGGUUAGAUUACAGUAAACCUUAAAUGUUUACGUAUUGAAAUAAAGCUGAUAGAAGCAGAGGAGACAAUUGCAUAAAACGUAAUUUAUUAUUCUUAUUCUAAUUGGGAUGGGGUGUMUGAUGUAAAGAAAAAAUGGAGACAGUGGUUCUCUUCAUCGCCUUUUUCCAUCUUCUCUGACAAUAUUCCACCUUACUACCACCAGCUCUUAUAAAGACAUCCAACCCCCACGCAUCCUGCCUGGAGAGAGCCAGGGGUGCUCGGAAAGCAGCAGGAUAAUGACAAAUGCUACCAUUAUUUCUGCCUCCAGUAAAGAAGAGCCUGUUUUCCAUCACGGAUGUGGCCCUCACAGAGGAGCAGACUGAAACAGGCCGCUGCACUGAGAGAAAGGGGCGAGUUUUCUUUUUUUUUUAAAUUAUUAUUAUUAUUAUUAUUAUUUUGUUGUGCUCAGACCUGAUGCUGAGUAUGGUGCCACUUUCCAUCCCCUGUACUGAAUACCUGCCACCCUGCAGCUGUCAGCUUGUCUCUGUAAUUCCUCAGCAGUCUUAAAAUGAACACACCCACCCCCACCUAUUUUUAUUUUUAUUAUUUAUUUUUGUCUUAUUGUCAAAGGCUAUUCAGAGAACCGGCUCAUGCAUGUAGGAUUUAGCCUGGACCAGCUUGUGGGGAUGUAGGGCGAACAUCCGAGGAUAUUUCCAACACACAAUAAAUGUAGAGGAGAAAACGGCUCAUAUUCAUGGAGAUGGCUGGCGGGGGAGGUGCAUCGGAUGGAUGAAAAAUAAUGAGGACCCCUGCACAGAGGAUUUUACUCAGCUCAUGCUCGUUUUUUAUUAUUAUUGGCAGCCUAAUAGUUCAUUUUCCAUCCUAAAUUUGAUCUGACAGCUGGUAGAGCUGCCUCAGCGCUUUCAGAGUUGAUUAUUAUUGUCCUGAUAUUAACUACACAAAAAGGCAGUAAUUAAAAUAAGAAGAGCUCAGACUUGACUUCCGUUAGAUUCCAAAUAUCUGAGUUAAGACUCUUAUUGUGAAGGAAUUAUUGUUUUGAAUAUCAUCACUGAACCAAGACAACUGCACUAAAGAUCUUGCUGCUGUUUUCUACACCUCCUUUGAGAACUUGUUUCAGUUUUCUAAAGGACGUAUUUGUACAUGGAACAUAGUUUUCUGGUGGAUCGUUAUUGUUUGACCCGAUGAGCGACCCUGCCUGGUGGGAACACAAGCUACUUUCCACAUACUGUUUGGGACAAACUCAGCCUCGACAUGUGGUGAUGGUGGGGUGUGUUCCCUGCUCCCUGAGUCUCUGAUCGCCACCAUCCUCUUGUCUGGUGGCCGAGGACACCCRGUCUUCGUCGAUGGGCCCCGCAUGGAUUUUGCGCCUGAGUUGACGCUGCUAUGAACCCRUACGGCCGAGCGAGCACCACAGCAGCCCCCCUGUCCUGCACCAGCUGCGGGAGCUGCUGCUCACCACCUCCCCCUUGCCUCAUCCCCCCUGGGCCCCCAUCCUCCACCAACUCCACCUCCUCCAUGCCCCCAAACAUGACCCCUCCGCCGCCAAUGUCUCCCGCCCCAGUCGUGCGGGUGGAGAACGGCAACAGCUGGAACUCCUCCGCUCGCUCCUCCUUCGACUCCCCGGACUCCCAUCCCGGUCACCGGUGUCGGGUGAGCAACCCCAACCCGUACUGGACGGCGGUGUUUGACUACGAGGCUACGGCGGACGAGGAGCUGACCCUGAGACGUGGAGACCUCCUCGAGGUCCUUUCCAAAGACUCCAAAGUGUCGGGGGACGAGGGCUGGUGGACGGGAAAGAUCCAGGACAAGGUGGGUAUCUUUCCCAGCAACUACGUCACCAGAGGAGACGCCACCAACUACCAGCUGGUGGCAGGCGGCGUGGGAGGCUCCCCUGUAGAAAUUGACUUCUCAGAACUGCUCCUGGAGGAAGUGAUAGGAGCCGGUGGGUUUGGGAAGGUGUACAAAGGGGGGUGGCGAGGAGAGGAAGUGGCGGUGAAGGCGGCCCGGCAGGAUCCAGAUGAGGAUAUCAGCGUCACGGCGGAGAGCGUKCGUCAGGAGGCCAGGCUUUUCUGGAUGCUGCGACACCCCAACAUCAUUGCYCUGCGUGGGGUCUGCCUGAAGGAGCCUAACCUGUGUUUGGUGAUGGARUACGCCAGGGGCGGGGCUCUGAACCGGGCCUUGGCUGGGAAGAAGGUUCCCCCUAGAGUUUUGGUGAACUGGGCUGUGCAGAUUGCAACAGGGAUGAAUUACUUGCAUAACCAGGCCUUCGUACCCAUCAUCCACAGAGACCUCAAGUCCAGCAACAUCCUCAUUCUGCAGCCAGUGGAGCGAGACGACCUGAGCGCGAAAAUCCUGAAGAUCACAGACUUUGGUCUGGCCAGAGAGUGGCACCAGACCACCAAGAUGAGUGCCGCCGGGACGUACGCCUGGAUGGCCCCAGAGGUCAUAAAGCACUCGCUCUUCUCCAAGAGCAGUGAUGUGUGGAGUUUUGGCGUGCUGCUCUGGGAGCUGCUGACCGGAGAAGUACCGUACCGGGAGAUAGAUGCCCUGGCAGUAGCUUACGGUGUUGCCAUGAACAAGCUAACACUUCCUGUCCCGUCAACCUGCCCUGAACCUUUUGCUCAGUUACUGGGAGAGUGCUGGAACCCGAACCCCCGCAGCCGGCCUUCGUUCACCAACAUCCUGAGGCGACUUCAGGCCAUCGAGCAGUCGUCCAUGUUCCACAUGCCUCUGGAGUCGUUUCACUCCUUACAGGAAGACUGGAGGCUGGAGAUCCAGCAGAUGUUUGAUGAGCUCAGGGCCAAGGAGAAGGAGCUGAGGUCCUGGGAGGAGGCGCUGGCCCGGGCAGCCGAGGAGCAGAAGGAGCAGGAGGAGCAGCUGAAGCGGAGGGAGCAGGAGCUGGCCGAGAGGGAGUUCGACAUCGUGGAGAGGGAGCUGAACAUCCUCAUCCAUCAGAUGUACCAGGAGAAGCCCAGCGUGAAGAAGAGGAAGGGCCACUUCAAGAAGAGCCGGCUGCUGAAGCUGGGCAGAGACGGGAACUGCAUCAGUCUGCCCUCUGGUUUUGAGCACAAGAUCACGGUCCAGGCGUCUCCCAGUGUGGACAAGAGGAAGAACCAGGGGAGCGAGAGCACCACCCCUCCUGCCAGUCCCGGGGUCCUUCCCCGCCUGCGAGCCAUCCGAUUGACGCCGAGCGACGGCAGCAAGACGUGGGGCCGCAGCGCCGUCUGUAGGAAGGACGACAACGCCACCAACAAGAAGAACGUACGCACCUGGGGCCCCAGCUCCACACACCAGAGGGAGCGGGUCGGCGGGGAGGAAAAACUGAAAUCUCUCGGUGAAGGAUCCAAAAUUUAUUCAUCAAGUGCACCAAAUCUGGGCAAGUCUCCCAAGCACGCCCCGAUGACCACUGGUUUCUCCAGCCUAAAUGAAAUGGAGGAGUGCUCUGAGUUUGAGGAGUCCCCCGGCUCCUUGCUGCCCUCGGACACCAGCAGUAACGGGGCCAUGGACGACUCGGGGCUCCUGUGGAGCAGUCUGAGGCCGCCYGCCGUCGGAGGCUCCUCUCUGGUGUCUGGAGGCCUGUCGACRGGCGUGAGCCACCAGGACUCGCUCCGCCGCUGCAGCCAGAGGAAGAAAAGCGACACGCUGCUGCUGGGCUGCGCCUCGCUGUUGGCAGCUGUGGGACUCAGGCAGGACCUGCUGCAGCUGGGAAAACAACAGGUGCAUCAGGACGAGCAGGAUCUCCGAGAGGAGCAGCGAAAGAAGAAGGAGAAUCUCUUCCAGCGGACRGGUCGUUUCCGUCGCAGCACCUCCCCGCCCAGCAGAAACCUCUCCCUGUCCCUCUCCAGACAUCCGGACUCUGCGCUGGCCUGCACGGACCCGUCUCCCUCUGUAACGCUGCUGUCCCUGUCCUCUCUGUCCGACUGCAACUCCACCAAGUCCCUGAUCCCCUCCGACUCGGACGAGUUCCCCCUGACCCCCGUGAGCGGGAUCAAGACACCCGCGGCCCCUCCGGCUCCCGCAGCCCCCGCUCUCAACCCGCUCCUGGACCUGCGGGCYGAGAGCUUCAAGAAGGAGCCCAACCAGUCGCUCACACCCACCCACGUGUCUGCAGCCAUGGCUCUGAGCAGGGGGCACAGGCGCACGCCUUCUGACGGGGCCAUACGACCCCGAGCCCAGACCCUGGGGCACCGCAGGACGCCGUCAGACGGGAGCAUGCCCAUGCCACCCCCGCCGGGAGGACCCCACAUCACAACAAGCAAAGGACCAUCAGAUACUCUGGACAUACCUCGCCUCCCGGACCCCUCCACCGUCUACCCACCAUCAGUCCCCCAUCGCCGUAAAGCUCCCGCUCCCCCAAAACCCGACCCCGAUCCCGUCGGCCUCAUCAGCCCCCCGGAGAGACCCAAGACUUUGGAGUUUGCCCCCCGUCCUCGGCCCACGCCGGUCCGGGUAAGACCCUGGAAGCUGGGCUCUCUGUCCCAGACCCUGAGCUCCUCGCCGGGCAGCAGCUGCGACAGCCCCCUCGGUUCGGGGGACAGCAGCGCCGGCGCUGUGCGGCCCAACCUGAUGGACAUGGACGUGGAGGGCCAGAGCUCGGACCACACGGUUCCUCUGUGUGGACAGCGGCAGCCUGGCGCUCUGUGUGGACAACAGUUCUUAUUGUGAAAUAAACAAGAAAGGGAACACUUUUUAAAACCGUUUUAUGGAUUCUGACGUCUGAGCCGAGCAAAGUGCACUCGAUGAAAAUCGCAAAAAAAAAAAAACCAUCCCCUCCUUGUCAGGUUUUAUUCCGCUCCCCUCAUGAAUCCUGAGAAGGUGUGAACCCCCGAGCAGCAUUCCUGGUAGAGCUCUCUUAUUCUGCAUGACCCCCAGAGUCCAAGAGGCCUUUUUAAAUCCUUGUAGUGAGUUCAUCCACCUGCUGCUGACGAUGGAUGGAGUAUCUAAAAAAGCCAUUAAAAACACAGAAAMAGCCACUUUUUCACUUCACUAGCUGUUGUUUCCAUUCACCCGGUCGGUGUAGCUUUGCAUUUUUCAGCUUUCACCUUCCUGGAGACUUAAAGGAAUAGGUCAGAUUUUUAUUUUUUAAUCUGUGUAAAAAAGGUUAUGAACAAUCGAUAUCUUACCUGUUUUUGAUAGCUCUUCGACCAACCUCMGUUUGGAGAAAUAGAUGAGUUCUGCCUGAUUUGACAAGCUAGCAGCUAAUCUGAAUGGGUUACUGYUAACUUCAAACAACAGCUGUUGCUGUUCAUAUGUUUUGCUAUACACAAUAUACAGAGGGAGAAAUUAUGACACAAUAUCUCAGUUAUAAAUGAGAAAAUAUUAAAACCUAUUUUGGUGGUAUGUUAGAGGAAAAUUGGUUAAAAUUUACUCCCGUCUAUAAUAUGUCCCCUCAACUUYAUGGAUGAUUUUUGGGGUUAAAUUUCUUGCAUUAAACACAAAUAAAUAAGUAAAUAACUGUGAAAUGCUAAAUUAAUGGUUGCAUAAAGGUUCAAAUGAUAUGUCCUCAGACUAGCCGUUAGCUCAUCAAUCCAGUCAGAAUYAAACUGUUUCUCCAACCUGAGGUUCUUCAAAGACUUACCUACAACAGGUAAGAYACUGUUUAUCACCUUUCCACUUUAAAAGAUCUGAACUGUUUCUUUCAGAACCUUUGUAGCUUCAGUCAUUCAAAAAUAAGCUGUGCUGCUUUACUGUUUUCACAUUCUCCUUGUUCUUCUGUUUGUUCUGCCGAAGCACAAACAUCAUUCCUGUCAUCGUUUGCCUCCUUCCAAACCCCAAAACAAGAAGAAAAAAAAGCCUUUUUUUUCCCCACUCUGCACUGGUUCCAUUCGCAGCCUUGUACAGUUAAAAUCAGAGUUUAUUUUCUCAGUCCUCGCAGCCGUGUUGCUGGUUUUUAUGGUUUCGAACACCGAGGUGUGUUCCUCUCGUCGUGAAUGUUCGUUCUGUGUGCGAGUCCCUUUUUCUGUGCGCGUCAUUUUACGUGACAACGGUUCUGAAGGCUGCUCCACACAUUCUCACCUGAUUUUUAACAGCUUUUUAUAAGAAAACAUUCCUGUUCAGUGGGGUCAGGAACCAGGAUCCUGCCCACGCCGGUGGAACGGACGCAGAAUUAGAGACGGGUUCAUCUUUUAGUGGCACUUUAAGAAAAACGUCGUGCAGCUCGUCGGUCUUUCUGUGGAAUCAAAGACUCGACGGACGAAUCAGCUGGAGUCGUUUUUGUACACUGGACAGUUUAAUGACUGCAGAUAUUUAUUAAAAGUUUCUUUAAGUAAGUGUGUGUGUGUGUGCGUGUGUGUGUGCGUGCGACGUACGAGCGUGUAAUUAUUCCAAUGGGUACAUCCUAUCCCAUUGUUAAAGCGAGUGAGCUCAGACUCGUUAACAACACUGAGAAUUUAUUAUUAAAUUUAUUGUUAUUGUGGGGAAAGA